GUGCGCACUCGCGCGCCCCCCUCAAAAUGGUGACGAGACGGCGCAGCGCGGAGCGGGGAGGACGCGGCGCGGACGAGCGCUAGGAGCGGCGCGCAGCGGGCAGCUGCCUCCCCCCCUAAUGCUGAGCAAGGCCGUGAGGCCGGAUGCGGAGCUGGCAAUGUCUGCCGAGCAGCACAACUCUGCCCGCAACAACCAUGCGGCGACGGCGGUGGCGGUGGUGGCAGCGGUGCCAGCCCUCGCUGCUGGAGCCAGUCCGGCACACCCCCAACCCGUGCCGGUGGCGCACGCUCAGCCGCUGUCGCCCCCGCUGGUGCAAGACUUGCCCGAUGAACUCAUCCAAGGCGGUUGGAGUAAGUGCUGGAGCCGACGGGAGAACCGGCCCUACUUUUACAACCGCUUCACCAAGCAGUCGCUGUGGGAGCUGCCUGCGUUGGGACAGCACGAUGUCAUUUCAGAUCCGCUGGGUCUGAAUGCGGCCCCGGUUGGCGGGGCGCCGGGCGCACCUGUGGCGGGCGCCACCGGAGCCUCCGUCGAGGAUGCUGCUCUCAGGAAGCGCCGGCUGUCGGAGGAGAUCGGGGCCGGCGUCGCAGGGGCAGCGAGUGCCGUGUCCAAGCGGACCAAGUCAGAGGACGUGAUGCCGGUGACUCCAGUGACGCCUGUCCCCAAGGGCUGGAAGGCGGAGGCUGGAUUUGCUAGUCCCACACAGAAGCCCAAGCCUCCCACCCUGCCCUUCCCAAUUUACUGGAACCUGGAGGUGCCGACGAACGCGGUGAUCAAAGAGCGGGGCCUGUUCGACACGUUCCACCCUCACCCCGAGGUGGAGUUGUUUCGUGCGCAGCUCACGGUCCGCCUGCGGCAUCAGUACCAGGAGUUGUGCCAGCAGAGAGAGGGGGUGGACGCACCACGCGAGUCAUUCAACCGCUGGUUGCUGGAGCGCAAAGUGAUCGACAAAGGUCGCGACCCCAUGCUGCCCAGCGACUGCGAGCCCGUCGUGUCGGUGUCCAUGUUCCGCGAAAUCCUCAAUGACAUCCCCAUACGGCUGUCACGCAUCAAGUAUCGCGAUGAUGCGAAGAAGCAGCUGUUUAAAUAUGCCGAGGCAGCAAAACGCAUGAUCGACAACAGGAACGCGUCCCCAGACAGCCGCAAGAUUGUCAAGUGGAACGUGGAGGAAACGUUCAACUGGCUGCGGAAGGAGCCAUCGCCCUCCAAGGAGGACUACCUGGACCGCCUGGACCACCUGCGCCGUCAGUGUGGCCCCCAUCUGGCUGAGGUGGCCAAGGAGUCGGUGGAGGGGAUCUGCGCCAAGAUCUUCACGCUGUCCUGCGACUAUGUCAAGCGCAUCCGAGACAAGAACCUGGACAUGCUCAAGGAGAACAAGCUCGCCCUGCCAGAAGAGGCUGCUGCGGUGGCGGUGGCAGUCCCUCCAGCCGUUGAUCGGCUGGUUUACUGCUUCCCAGCGCGCCUGUCCAUACCCCCCUGGCCCCUGCCGCGUGUGGAGAUGCACACAGAGAAUGACAUGACCUGCCUCCGCUACCGUGGGGAGAUGGUCAAAAUCAACCAAAACUACUUCAACAAGCUGGAGCACCUAUACAGGCUGGGCUCCACGGACGACCCCCGCUUUGAGAAGUUCCUGGCGCGUGUCUGGUGUCUGCUGCGGCGAUACCGGCAGACCAUGUUCGGUGUGGGCGGCAGCGAGGGCGCAGGACUGCACGGUGCACUGCCGGUGCCCGUGUUCGAGGCACUGCAUCGACACUUUGGCGUCACCUUUGAGUGCUUCGCGUCGCCCCUCAACUGCUACUUCCGGCAGUACUGCUCCGCCUUCGCCGACACGGACGGAUACUUUGGCUCUCGAGGGCCCAUACUGGACUUCAAUCCAGUAAGCGGCUCCUUUGAAGCCAACCCCCCCUUCGGAGAAGAACUCAUGAAUGCCAUGGUGGAUCACUUUGAGAAUCUGAUGUCGAGCUCGACAGAGCCGUUGUCGUUCAUCGUGUUUGUGCCCGAAUGGCGCGAGCCUGUCACGCCGGCGCUGCUGCGCAUGGAGGAGAGCCGCUUCAAGCGGCGCCAGGUUCUGGUGCCGGCCUUCGAGCACGAGUACCGCAACGGCGCGCAGCACGUGUGCAAGGGGGAGGACCUACACAUCCGCGCGGUGCACGGCACGGCCAUCAUCUUUCUGCAGAACGACGCCGGCUUCGCCAGGUGGGAGCCCACGGCCGACCGUUUGCGCUUGCUGCUCGAAGCUUACCGCGUGCAGGGGCGGCAGCAGCAGCAGGCGCAGCAGCAGGCGACACCCUCAACGCCCUCGGCCACAGCCCCGAGCAGCACCCCUUCGCACACCGCCUCCACCUCCACUUCAUCACCGGCUGUCGAGUCUUCGGCAGGGGGGUCGGCAGGGGGGUCGGCAGUGGUGUCCCCCACGACCUCAUCUGCGGGACAGGGUGAGGGAAGUGGAACAACAACAGCUGCAGCAGCAGGGCAGACUGAGAACCACGAUGAGACGAAACAGGCCGUGCCUGCCGAGGAGCCCAAGAAGGAGGAGGAUAAGAUUCUGGAAAGUAUUGAGGAGUGGAUCUGAGCUUGCGGGGCAAGGGUGCUCGUGGGAGACCGCGCUUGUCUGGGAGCCCCACCCCCCCGCUCACUGGUGUGGGGUAAUGCCGUCGCCGGGAUUGUAACAACAAGCUGGCGGCCUUGCUGCCGCCGCGAUGAGGCUCGCCGUGAUUGCAUCCGAGGAUCGACUUCCAAAAACAUGAAAGACAUGGAAACUGUUGCUUUAGGCGUGCCACUUUGUGAUUUUAUUGUCUCCCCUUACCAUGUACCCUUUGCGUUGAGAAGUUUAGGGACCUAUUUUAGCGGCAACAAGACACCGAAAGCAACAUUGGCCGGAACGUUUGCACCACAACCUGAAGGUUUGCCUCGCUGUGUGUAAUUUGUCUUAAGGAUAAAAAACAACCACCCACGUUAGGGAGAGGGCCGACUGCCCCCCGCUGCGUGGCUGUCUUCACGUCAGGGAACGUGUUUGUUAAGUUGCUUGCAUGCACUGUUGAUGCACUUGCACAUUCAUCCUUGUUCAUUUUACAACCCAGGGUUUUGAUGGAGAAUUUUUUUUCUUUUUUUCAAAUCCUCAAGACACGUCAAAUUAUAUCCAGUUGAGUUUUUUUUGUUUGGAGCAGUCCGUCCCAUUUUUCACCUGACACUGGUUUCCCUUCAAGCACUACCUCUUGAGUUUCUGCACUUAACCGCCGAAGAGCUUUUAAACAUCUUUUGCCGUUUUUUUAUGUUUAUGCUAGUUGAGAAGAGUCUGAAAAAAACUAAAUCUUAUACAGUUUCAUGGAAGCGUUGUUUUAACAAAGUCUUUUCUGAAAAUGUACAAACAUUGGUGUGUUUUUUGUCAUCCAGCAAAUAGACUAACAUGAAAAAAACAAUGUUCUGCUUGGGCUACAUCUGUUAAUUUGCAGCUUGAGCUUGGAUAUUGCUUGAGCUAGAAAAUGUCUGCAUAAGAAAAAAUGUCUGGCUUCUGUUAAAUUCUGGAGUUGCUUGCAUUAUUUUUUUUGUGUUUAAAAAAAUGUCAUUUAAAAAAUGGUGUAAGACCGACAUGGGUAUGAAAGGCCGUUAAACCACUUGAUGUACGACAUGUGCAUCUGCUUGGGUUGUUGCUCUUGGCAAACUUUUUACCUCCCUACGAAUGGGGGAACCCGACAAGAGGAGUCGUGAAGCACUGAAAGAAAAUGUUUGGCCUCUGCAACACUCGGUCAGAGACGAAAGAUGCCCCUUGGAUUGCAACCUCCCCACCUCACCCCCAAGAUAUCAUACUGACUUUAAAAACAAAAGUACAUUUUAAGUAAAUGGUGAACGUAAAUAUUUUUGAAAGCUGCCUUUUGGCACUUUUGUUUUAAAAACAUUUUUACCGGUAUAAUCUCUAAAAUAUUGAAUUGCAUCCGCUCACGUUAAGGCCAAACCGUAAUAUUAUUUUCUUUGAGGUGCUCGUUUUCUCCGUGAAAUGUUAGCUCUCCCAUCCCCAGGACAACGGAGAGGAAGCGUCGGGUGACGAGUGCGCAGUCAUCAAGUAUCGUUGCUUUGGCUCAACAUCUUUUUUAAGUCCAGCCGGAUUUUUUCCCCCGGCUUCACCGGACUGGAGUUGACUAGGAUACUCGGGUUAUGGGUCAUGUUUUCUCUCCCCCCCCCCACCCUCCUCACCAUUUAUAUAACCCACAGCGGCUUGUGAGUUUUAGAACAUUGUGCUUGUUGUGAAUAAGUCCACGAUUAUUGUUGUGCGUGCAUUUCGCAAGGUCAGCUGCAGUAGUUAAGCCUGUUUUUUUCAGGGGUGACGCAUUUCCUGGUAGAUCUUUGCAACUUGUGCUUGUCGUUUGAUCGUCCGCUUUUGGCACAGGUUCGUGGUGGUGGUGGUGUUUGUGGCUAUUUUUGCUUAACUUUUAAUGACCGUUAAUGCUCCAACAUACAUAAUUAAAACACCUUAGCAUUAUCUAAAUCUCAUUAACAGUAAUGUUGAUAUUGUUAUUUUUGUAAGUAAUAUUUUUUUGUAAAUAGACCUUGUGUACAGUCAUUUGCGUAAAGAAAUUCAUACAAACUAGAUACUGAUAAUUAUACCCCCAAGGCUUCGUGAAACGGACGUUACGGUAGUUGCCGUUUGCACUCCGCUAAGGUUAUACUUCUCUGUUCCUUGUGAGUGUCGGUCAUGGUGCGCCAUGCACGCUCUCUCCUCCCCGCUGUCGUGAAUCGAGACACAUGGUGUUUUCAGGUUCAGCGUCUCUGCCAACAUGAGUAAAAAAAAAUGCAGUACAAAACGUUGUACGCCAGCAACUAUCGCGCUGUUUUCUCUCCAGAGUUGCGUGGAUGUGUUGUGGUCAUUGAAUCGCUGGGGUUGCUGGAUUGGUCCAUUUGUACACACCUGCUCGCAGUUUCCACUCAAAAGCCACAUCGGUUAACAAUGACAAUUGUUACCUUUUUAAAUCUUCGUUAAGGAAGGGGCCCCACUUAAAUCUUGAAGGGGUCUUUCAGGAUAGGGCUGUUUUAAGUGUCGGCCAACUCCGUUUUGAGAUUUUUAGUCCUGUUGGAAAACUCGAGUGCCAAGCAAAGAGAAUUACUUAUGUGUGGAACACUCAAAGCACAGAUAUGUGAAAAGCGUGUUGGCUGUAUUUAUUUCUACAACCAGAUAGCUCUCAUGCAUACGGUAGAUCUAACUGUAAAUGUUAUCGAUCUUAUCCCCCCCCCCCCCCACUGCAUGAUCCACCAACCUGAUUUUCAAAGUCUGUGCCACCACACCGAUCAGUAUUUAGUAUUGCCGCCUGGUAAUACCGUAGUGUGUGCACUUGCAGGCGUGUUUGGCAGCAUUUGUGCUCUUGCCACAGCUCCUUGGUAUCGCUACACAUUACUCACGAGAGAGCAUUCCUUCACCUUCUGUCAUUAACACCGGCUUAGGCGUACUAUUUGCCAUUGUUAUGGCAGAUGCAGAGGGCAACCAGAAUGACUUUGUUGGAUACCGCACGUCAUUGUGAGCACCUGGUGAUUCGGAAACGCUGGAGAAAAUUAAGAAAAAUGUUUUUUCAUGAACCGUUAAAAAUGCACCGCUCGGUGUCUGCGAAAUUGAAAACUGAAAAGCAAGUACAGGACAAUAUUUGCUUGUUAACCCAAGACAUAUCAUUGCCUGAGGUUAUAAAAAAAAUUGUAUCCUUAAAAUAAUGACAUUACUUGUUAUCUUUUGGAGCCUUCGAGUCAAUGCCCAACAGGUUAGCCUGCUAUGCGCAUUUUAAGGCUGGUCAUGAUCAAGAUUGUGUAGCAUUCGCUCUGCUUGUGUGAAGCAGUUCUAUUCCUAAUUUGUAACUCCGCUGUAACAUUUGCACAGUACGUACAGUGAUAUUAGAAAAUCAUUUAUUCCGUGGGUGGUGAUACAGUCCUGCCUUGUGGAUAACGACAACUGAAAUUUGCAUGUUUUUUUCGUCAUGUGGGAGAUGUCUCAACUCCACCGUGUCGGUAUGGGUGGUUUAGGCAUCGUCUCAGUGAUCUCUUCAAACUCAUGCAACUUCGGUCCCCAGAGCAUUGGCCUGCAAUUGCAUCUGGAAGCGUGUAUGUCCCAUUAAAUAGACGUGCGUGCCAGGAUUCUCAGGUCCAUUUCUUGGACCCUUGAGACAAUUGUUUUAAGACAGAUUAUUGGGUUUUGGUGGAUUUUAAGAUUCUACACCUCAACUUGCAGCAGGGCACAGGCUAACAGAGCCCUUUACUACGUACAUUAAGUCAACAAUGCUAAUGUUUCCUGAUUCAUUUGGUGAUGCUGCCUGCGUUGGCAGUGGCACACAAGUACAAAUAACAAUGACACUAGCCUUAAAAAAUAAAAUCGGUGACGUUCAUGCAAUGAACUUUCAGAGCACAGAGUGGCCCAGAGGGAUGUAGAGUGGACCCGAGUUGGAGACCACUCCUGGUAUUCCACGGGACAUGGUCAUAUUAAAAUAAAAAAAUAUAUUUAUUGAUACCAGCUUUUGCAUGAUCCCACACUAAUUGAUGCAUUCCUCGGCUCAAUUGUUAUUUAAAUCGGAUUGGAGCUCCUAUGGACUGUGGGUCAAAGAUACCAAAGGGGUUUUCCAAUUAUUUGUAAUUCCUGAACUUUGCAAGCAGGAUGAAGCAACUUUAAUUAUUGCCCUCGCUGGCCUUUUCUAAACUGAGAAAUGUGUUUACAAACAUGUUCCAAUAGGUGGUUGGUACACUAUUAGAUCCUAACAAGUGUAACGUUUUCUCGUUUAAUUGUCCAACUGUUUUAAACGCAGGCAAGAGGCGUCAUUUGAUUUAAGCUGGCUUUUGUUGACUUUGUGCGUAGUAGCCCCUAUGCUGCGUUGUGUGCAUCUCGCUUUGCAGUCGGGGGAAAAACACGCUUCCUGGUUGAAACGUAGUCCCAACUCCUCGAUGUAUAAAUGUGCGACUUUAACCUGAACACGGGCAGUGCAUAACCCUAUACGAAUACAUUGCCUGCCUGCAUUAUGUAAAUCGGGUGGCGCUGCGGUAAAGGAGAGUUUCCUGUAGAUGCGUUAGGUGUCAAGUUAUGUCAUAGUGAUACGUAAUUAUUACACAAUGAGCGCCCUCCCCGAACCCUGUAGGAAUUAGACCCGAUUGUUUAUCUACAGUGAGCUCACAGGCCCAUGCUAUGCGGCUCACGGGGUGUGCGUCCGUCGUGUAUUUAUGCGGGUGGCAAUGUGCGCGCGCGCGUGUUGUAACAACCAAUGGCAGUCUAGAGAAGUUGGUGAAUGACGAGACCCAAAAAUAAUGCCCAGGGUCUGGCCUCGGGGUGCGGUCUUGUGACUUUAGUGAUAUUAGUGAAGGUGCUUACCUUUGUUGCAUAUAGGUGGGGGGUGGGGGGGGGUAUGGGGGAGGAAUAGCCUCCUGUCCAGUGUUACUUGGCAAACGAUGAAACUUGUCUCCGUUUCUUCUAGAACUGGAGACUACAAACGUCCUAUUUUGGAGAGUACCACGUUGCAUUUCCACCCGUGUUGUAUAACGUCACAUUAGCCUUGUGUUGAAGAAAAUACAUCAGCUGUGUGUGGAUACAAUAUAUGGAACUGUGGCCCAUGGUAUAUUAUACCUUUAUUUCUCCCCACCCUUCAACUUUUACUGCGUUAAAUUACAAGCUAAGGUGUUUGUGCAAUCGGCCACCGAUCCACGUGUCGAUUCAAGAUGGUUUUGUGCACUAGUUGCUCCCAACAAAAAUGCUCCGAAUGAGUGUUUUGUUUAAAAAUGUCAUUGGGGAGAACGGCUUUGCUCACGAUUGUAGACCCCAUCCACAAUUUAAGACGCUGCCUUCUCGUAGACGUGGGUUUUAUGAGGAUGGAGCGCAUCAAGAUAAUGCGUACGGCUGCGUUAAAUAUCCAUCAGUAAAUACAUCUACAUUCCUAUCUUAAGAGUAAAUAUUCCUGGUCAAACAAUGGGGUGGGUGACAAAUCUAUAGUGAUCCUCAAGUGGUUGGAAGUUCCACAUUCCCAUGGAAAGUGUCUACGAUUAAUCCACUAUUCAUUUUUAAAUAAUACUAACUUUAUCGAACUAAAGCGAUGGACAUUUCCACUGGACUUCCGACUCGAUUUGGGCUGUUUGCCAUGGUACAGCCACCUACUGUUGCCAUUUUGCGCGCGCACAUUUUAAAUUAUAUAAAAAAGGCCAAAUAGUGCACGCAAAAAUCCCCUGAUAACAGCAAAAAAAAACUAUUUUAACGUUUGCUGGUCAAACGAUGACGUUGAAGCUUACGCGAUGUUGCGUACGACGUGCGUGCAGUGUGACCCCAAACACAAAGUAAAGAUUGCUGCACCCAGGAUUUUUCGUGCAACCUGACAUGCGUUCAAACUUAACUCCACUAGACUACUGCGUAUCCUUCGCACUAAAUGGGCCUGAUUAUCAGAUUGUACUCGGACUGCAUUUGGUUGUCGUGUACACAAACGCACCAAAAACAUAACUUUGCCAUGAACGGGGUACCCUUAAUAACAAAGGUAUUGAGGAUUUAUGAUUAAAUGAUAAUCGAUUGCAUUGUUCAUCCAUGGUUAGGGGCCAGUUUUCUAACAGGAUAACCACCCUUGGUUUCUUAAAAGCAUUAGUUGCCUAUGUUUGCUUUCCUGGAGGGAUGAUGGACUUUUUAACGACUCCGGUUUAAAGAAAACACGCUUCCAGCUGUGAACGCUUAGGAUGUAUCCCGGUGUUUCAAGUAAUACGUAUUUUUGUCGCAUUUGGUCACACGCUUGCCACCAAAAGUAGAAUUACGGUAUUCCCUCGCUAUUCGCGACGAGGGAUAAGUUCCGGAGAUGCUCGUGAGUAGCAAAUUUCGCGGAUAAUGAUAUUGGCUGACGAAUUUCCUUGAAUCAAUAAAUAAGCCUCAUAUACAUGGAAAUGAUAACACAAAAAUUGUUAUCGUGUAAAUGUUACUUUAAAAUAUGAUGCUGCACAGUAGCAUCAUCAUCACUUUCUCGCAUCACAUUCUCUCUCACCACUUAACUCUCUCGAUGCAGUCGUCGUUUUGGGUUCCAGUUGCGAUUCGCGUAUAGCAAAGUCCGCGAAUAACAAGGGAAUACUGCGAUCCACUUUUAAGCUUCUAAGCAUUUUUAUCUGAUCUUGUUUAAAAAAAAAAGCAAGAGGUCAUGAAUGGACAUGUUCAAUUGGUCGUUGUAAGAGGGCGAGAGAAGAAAUCAUAUAAACAAUGAUUGAGGGGAGGAAAUCCUCAUCGUGUCUCCUGCAGAUUUUGACGGUGGGGCGUGCAACUGCCGUGUGUGCAGAAUUGCCCCGUUAACAUUUGUAGCCCAACAGUUUUACGCGGUCAGCAGAAAAAGAAAUAAACUCAGUUGUGGAUGACGUCACAUUUUAUUGUAUACAUAACACCAGCGUGGUUUAACAAUUGAUUUUCUUGGGCAUUUUAACUGUUUCUGCUCUUUUGGACUUGCUGGGUUUCACGAAAAUGUGUUUGUUUUCCCCCCUUCCCAUUUUAGAGGGGUUCCGUUUAAAAUGUUCUAAAGUUCGGGCAUGCCUUGGACUGGUACCUAUUGUUUCAACAACAUUUGUUGUCAAGUGUUUUUAUUUUAACUUUUUAUACGAGUAACGGUCGCGUACACACACACGAGUGUUUUGAAGGCAACUGCAGUAAUUGCUCAUAACCAGGUGUUGCCCAUUGGAAGGUGAUGUAAAUAUGUUGUGCUGAUUAAAAAAUCUUACCCCUUUA